UGGCGUCCACUACUUUGGCAUGAGAGAGUCUCAUACUAAUAUGAGUGUCUUUCUCGCAAUAACUGUUCAUUACAAGAACUGAACAGUACAGGCUUGAAUCCACUCUUUCACAAUGUCAACGACGACGACAGGAAAGGACACAGAAGCUGAUCCAAAGGUCGUGCGCGACAUCCUCGAUAAGCUGAAAUCAGAAGGACUCUUCGACCAGUUUCGCAGAGACUGUCUUGCCGAUGUUGACACAAAGCCUGCCUUCCAGAAUCUGCGACAAAGGGUAGAGGGCUACGUAUCACGCUUCUUGACACGCCAAGUAUGGAGUCCAAACCUCAACAAGAACCAUCUCAGGGACAGCUUGCGACGCCAGAUCAACCAGUCAGGAAUGCUGGCUACUGGUGUGGAAAGAGUGAUAGAACAGGUGGUUAAUCCUAAGAUCUUUCAUGUGAUCAAACCAAAGAUUGACGAGGUGGCAUGUCAGCACCUCAACAUUGAUCCUGACAAGAGGAAAGAACGAAUGGAAUUUAAGAAAAAUCAGCAGAAACAGAAUUUACAAAGUCUAAUGAGCCUGAGUGUUCCUCCCCCAGUUUGA